AUGUCAUCAUCUCGUGUAUAAUAUUAUACUUACAUACACAACAAAACUAAAGUCAUAUAUUCAUUAUUUCAUUCAACUUUGGUUUUCAGGCAUGGAGGGUUUGCCCGAGGAUUGCAUAAUUGACAUACUGUCUCGUGGCUCUCCGCGUGAUGCAUGUCGGUCCGCGGUAGUGUCUUCGGUGUUUAGGAUGGCUGUCGAGUCGGACAUGUUGUGGGAUAGGUUCUUGCCACCUGAUCACCAAGAAAUCAUAUCGGAAAGUGCGUCUCCGGUGACGUUUAAAUCCAAGAAGGAGCUUUUCUUUAAGCUUUCUAGUCCACUUCUUAUUGAUCGAGGCCUCAAGGCAUUCUCAAUAGACAGAGCAACGGGUAAAAAGUGUUACAUGUUAAGUGCAAGAGAGCUUUACAUCGCUUGGUCAGCCAAUCCUCUCUUUUGGUGUUGGAAACCUAUUAUCCAAUCGAGAUUUGCAGAAACUGUAGAGCUUAGAAUGACGAGUUGGCUAGAAGUAGAAGGAAAGAUCAACACCCGAAUUUUGUCACCAAAUACGAUGUAUAAAGCAUAUCUCAUUGUUCAAGUGGCUCAUCAUCGUGCCUAUGGUUUAGAUGUUGUCCCAUGUGAGGUUUCAGUUGAGGUUGGUGAUUUGUGUUCGCGAGGGAUGGUAACAUUGUCUCACAAUGCAUGUACGAAACAAUCGUUAGAGCAUGUUUGUGAUGAAAACAAGGUUAAAGAUGGGUUGAGAUCAAAAUGUGUAGACAGGGUUUCUAGGAUUGGUUGUGAGAGAAAGGAUGGAUGGCUGGAGAUAGAAUUGGGUGAGUUUUACAACCAAGGAAUGUGUGAGGAGGAGGUUAAAAUGAGCUUAAGAGAAGUAAAUGGUGUUCAUUUGAAAGGAGGGAUUGUUGUUGAAGCAAUUGAAAUCAGGCCAAUCUAGUCAUUGAUUAUGAUUAAAAAAAAUUCCUCUGUUUUCUUUGGUUUGGAAACCUAAUGUCAAAUAUGAAUAAAUGAACAUAGUAAUUGAGAUAUCA